AUGACGAUGUCGUGGCUCCCCGUGCUUGCACUCGCCCUCCUCGCGGAAGCCGCCCCCGUCGCCGAGGACCCGUGCGCCGCCAUCGGAGGAAAGUCAUACGCGCCGCCUGCAGACGUACUCGCGUGUUGGAAGACAUUCCCCUUCAACGAGACUCUGCGCCAGAACGUCCUCACGAACGUUGCGCGCGUCUUUGACUUCUUCACCUUCGAGGACUACUACCUGGACUCACCUCCCCCAUUUGAGGAGAGCACCAUCAACAUCCGCGAGGAGCUGCAGCGCUUGAACACAACGGACUAUGAGACGGACUACGACUUCAACUGGGACCUAUUCCUAUUCGCCACCCAGCUGAACGACGGUCAUACCCGUUGGUACCCCGACUGCUACACGGCCUUCCAGAACCUGCUUCCCGCCCCGAUAGUUGCCCUGUCAUCUGAUGGAACGAGUGAUCCAGAGAUCUUCGUCGCCCCGGACUCCGUCGAAUUCAUCUCGCUCCUUGGCACGAACUACACCGACUAUUUCGACGCCAUUGGCUUCGACUGGAAGCGCCUCGCCGGCGCGAAGGUCACCUCGAUCGAUGGCCAGGAUCCGUGGGACUACGUCGACUACCUCGCGAAGACGAUCUCUGGGAACUACCUCGAUCACGGCGUGCGCGUCAACUCGGUGUUCACGUCCUACCGCAUCUCAAGCAAUGACUUCAGUCAGCGCUUCGGCGACUUUGCGGGGCCGACGGGGGUUGCAAGGACCAGCGUUAAGAUCAGUGCUAUCCCAACAGACAGCGGGAAGGAAGAGACCUUCGACGUGCCGUAUUACGCCAACCUUGUGGGCAAUAACUUCACGGACUCCGAGUCAUACUGGGCCAACAAUUGUGCCGCCACCGAGGACACCAACGGUCACGACUACAAGGACGCCGCCCUGAAGGCCAAGAGCAACGCGCGCAAGGCCCACUUCGCCCGCGCGGAAAUAGUCGACAAGUCCAACGCGACUGCCGUCGGCCUGCCCGACAAGUACCACCCAGACCUCCCGCUCGUCAGCGGCAGCACCGGCGUCUUCAAGAACUACAUCCUCGAAGACGGUGUCACUGGGGUGCUGUACGUCGGUUCCUUCGGAGGCGACUUCAACCAGUUCCAGACGGACACGGACUCUGCGAUCAAGGAGUUCAAGUCGAAGGGCGUCACCCGCUUGUUGAUAGACUUGACGAAUAAUGGCGGCGGUUAUGUCUGCCUCGGCCAGUUCCUCCACAACUACCUGGCAGGUUCGAAGAUACCCUACGACCCCGGCUUUGUCUCGUCCCACCGCGCAUCUGAGCUUGCUCAGAAGAUAGUUGCAAGCGACAUCAAGCUCGGCCUGAACUCGUCCUACGCGUUCUAUGCCCCGGACAACUACGCUUUCCUGGCCAACGACACCGUCAUGCCCUCGACCUACAACUACAUGGACCCAACCGAGCCCCUCGUCAUCAACGGCGUCUCAGACCCCACCUCCCAGCGCUUCUACGACACCUGCUUCCUCAGCUACGUCGUCGACAUCCCCGCCUCGCCGCCCUUCCCCCUCGACCAGGUCGCCAUCGUCAACAACGGGAACUGCGCGUCGACGUGCGCGAUGUUCAGCACGCUCAUGUACGAGCACUACAACACGAAGAUCGCCUCUAUUGGUGGAGGGACGGGACACCUAGAGUACAAGGGGAUGGCAGGGAACCAGGUCCUCGAGUGGGCCGAUUUGGCGUCAGAGAUCAAGACGGCGGAUUUGGAGAAUGACCCUCUUGCGCCGCCGGACCUGCUGAUCUCGGGGAACAUGAGAGUGAACUGGCGUACUGCAUGGAGCUGGAUCGACAAAGACGAGCCCAUCGCCUACCGCUCAGAGCCUCCUCAAGUACGCCUUCAGUACACCAACGAGACCUAUGUCAGCCCGCAGAAGCUAUGGGAUUAUGCCGUGAGCAAGCUAUUCUGA